AUGCAGCCAAUUCACUGCACGAACUGCGCCCGGUGCUUGCCCAAGGAUAAGGUCAUCAAGAAGUUUGUCAUUCAGAACACUGUAGAAGCCGCUGCAGUCAGGGACAUAUCUGAAGCAAGCGUCUUCAAUGCUUACGUGCUUCCCAAGCUCUAUGUCAAGCUGCACUACUGUGUGGGCUGUGCUAUUCAUAGCAAGGUCAUCAGGAAUCGAUCUCAGGAGGCCCGGAAGGACCGAACACCCCUACCAUGA